AUUAAGCUCCUGCAGAUUUUAAUUUGCUGACAUUUUCUUCAUCCGUUUGGUUGUGGAUAGCAGGGAUAAUGCACGUGCUGCGCCAGUUCCUCCCUGCGCUCAGAUCCCCUGCCCAUAUGGUUGGUCCGUGUAGUAAAAGUGCACAAUUGUAGUUCUGCUCAAGGAUGAUGACAAGCAGCAGCGAGGGGGAAAGAUGAGCUGUCUCGGGAUUUUCAUCCCCAAGAAGCACCGGCAGCGCUUCGACGAGGUGGUGUCGCAGAGCCUGAUCAGCAAGCUGUGCCGCUCCAAGAGCCAGCAGCACAGCAACCGGCUGCGGCGCAGCCGGAGCGAGGACCACCAGGAGCGGCUCCUCGUGUCCACCCGCGCCAGCUCCGUGCCCCGCAGCCACGAGGAGGCCAGCAGAAGCCUGCGGAAAAGCACCUCGCUCAUCACCAGCAAUGUGGCCUCGGGGGCUGCCCGCAGAACAGUGAGGGUUUAUAAAGGCAACAAAAGCUUUGGCUUCACGUUACGUGGACAUGCACCAGUGUGGAUCGAGUCUGUUCUGCCAGGGAGCCCGGCUGAGAAGGCUGCGCUCAAAGCUGGAGACCGAAUCCUAUUUCUCAACGGCCUGGACAUGAGGAACUGCUCCCAUGACAAGGUGGUGUCGAUGCUGCAGGGCAGCGGGGCGAUGCCCACCUUGGUGGUGGAAGAGGGGAUCGUCAACUUCUCCAACGACUCUGACUCUGCUGAGUCCCCGACCGCCUCCUCCGCGCUCACCUCCCUGCAGUGGGUUGCAGAGAUACUCCCCUCUAGCAUCAAGAUUCAAGGGAGGACCUUCCACCAGCAGCUGGAACACCUGCUCACUCCACCUGAGCGCUAUACCAUCUGCAAAGCCCUGGAAAGCUUCUUCCAACAUCGGAAUAUUGACACUCUUAUUGUGGAUGUGUACCCGGUGCUAGACACACCAGCCAAGCAAGUCAUUUGGCAGUUUAUCUACCAGCUGCUGACGUACGAAGAGCAGGAGCACUGCCAGCAAAAGAUUGCCAGGUUUCUUGGUUACAAGUCCUUGGCAGGUGAGAGGAAAGCCCCCGCUCCGGCAGGGACGUGCCGUGUCUCGCAGGCCCCCAGGGAGCUUGGUGCUGCCCCUUGCUGCCCCUGUGCAGAGCACGUCUCUGGCUUCUGGAGGAUUGUCUCUCAGCUGUGCUUGUUUUCUGGUACACGCCAUGUUUUACUGCUGGGUGGCUGCUGCUGCCAGCUUCGCUGCACGCCCGGCUGGGGCAGGGACGGGUCUGGGCCAGGCAGAGGAUGGGAGGGACCUUCACGGGUCGGGACUGUCAGGGGCUGCUGGGGGCAUGUGCAGGACAGGGGGCUCCUGACGGAUUUGUGUCUUCCUUCGGCAGGUCAGAGUGACACCGUGGAGGUCCCGGUUCGCCUGAUCCCUGGAGAGAGGCAGGCUGGGGACGGCACGUCCCUGCCAGAGACCCCCAACCCCAAAAUGAUGUCGGCUGUCUACGCAGAGCUGGAAAACCGCCUCCUUGGCAGCUUCGCCAGCAAGAUGGGCAGUGCCGCCCUGCGCAGGGCAUCGCCUCCGGCCCCAGAGCCAGCGCGCACUGCAGGUUCUCGCAAGUCGGGGAUGCCGGUUUCAUGGCCGAGCGACCCGCUGGCCUCCCAGCAGUGCUACUACCGCCCGCACAGCAGCAUGCCCUCCCCGAGCAGCACCGAGUCCAACCCCUACGUCAGCCUGGACAGCAGCCCGGCCCCGUCCCCCCGGCACCGGCAGUACCCGCUCAGCCCGCUGUCGCGGCGGAAGAAGCUCUUCACCUUCUCCAGGCCCCCGCGCAGCCGCGACACCGACCGGUUCCUGGACGCCCUCAGCGAGCAGCUGGGACACCGGGUCACCAUUGUGGAUGAUUUCCUCACCCCCGAGAAUGACUACGAGGAGAUGAGCUUCCACGAUGACCAGGGCAGCUACGUCACCAACGACGUCAGCAGCAGCGAGUACAUCAGCAGCAGCGACGAAGGCAGCUCCCUGACCUACUCCACGCUCUCGGACCACAUCCCCCCGCCACCGCUCAGCCCCCCUCCGCCGCCACCCCCCCUGCAGUUCCACGACCCCCAGGCCGUCCCCGCUAAGGCAGAGGCCGCCAAGGCGAGCGCGUCGCCUGCCCCCAAGUCCCUCAUCAGCCACCUGCACCCCAUCCCGCCCCCGCCCCCCCCGCCGCCGCCCCCCCCGGUGCCCUGCGCGCCCCCCCUGCACCGGGGGCUGCUGCACCGCAGGAGCGAGACCAACCACAUGAGCGUCAAGAGGCUGCGGUGGGAGCAGGUGGAGAACUCGGAAGGGACCAUCUGGGGGCAGCUCGGGGAAGACUCGGACUACGACAAGCUGAGUGACAUGGUCAAAUACCUGGACCUGGAGCUGCACUUCGGGACGCAGAAACCAACCAAGCCAACUCUCAUGCCUGAAACCUUUAAAAAGAAAGACGUGGUUGAAAUUUUGUCCCACAAAAAGGCCUACAACACAUCCAUCCUGAUCGCCCACCUCAAGCUCUCGCACAUGGAGCUGCGCCAGAUCCUCAUGACGAUGGAGACGGACCGCCUGGAGCCUUCUCACAUCAAGCAGCUCCUGCUGUACGCCCCGGAUGGGGAGGAGGUGCAGCGCUUCCAGAGCUACAAGGAGAACCCCGGCAAGCUGAGUGAGCCCGACCAGUUUGUGCUGCAGAUGUUGUCAGUACCAGAGUACAAGAUCCGUCUGCGCAGCCUACAUUUUAAGACCACCCUGCAGGAGAAGACGGAGGAGAUCAAAGCGAGCUACGAGUGUAUCUGCAAGGCCUCUCUGGAGCUGAAAAGCAGCAAGAAGCUGGCUAAAAUCCUGGAGUUUGUGCUGGCAAUGGGAAACUACCUGAACAACGGGCAGCCCAAGACCGGCAAAACAACAGGCUUUAAAAUCAACUUUCUCACUGAGCUGAACACAACCAAGACUGUUGAUGGGAAAUCCACCUUCCUGCACAUCCUUGCCAAAUCACUUAGCCAACACUUCCCAGAGCUCCUGGGCUUUGCCAAGGAUCUUCCUACAGUGCCGCUCGCUGCCAAAGUGAACCAGAGAACGCUGACGGCUGACCUCAAGGACCUCCACACCACCGUCAGCGACAUACAGGUGGCCUGCCACAACAUGCCUGCUACCGCAGAGGACAGAUUUGCAAUCGUGAUGACUUCCUUUCUGGAGAGUGCCCAGCCUGCCAUGCGCUCGCUGGAUGACCUGCAGCACAAGGCCAUGGAAGAAUUCGGCAAGGUGUUGUCCUUCUUCGGGGAAGACUCUAAAAUGACAACUUCAGAAUCUUUCUUUGGCAUUUUUGCAGAAUUCAUGAGCAAGUUUGAGCGGGCACUCACUGACGUGCAGGUCGGUGAGAGCCAGCGCAGCCCCAGGAUGACGUCCCCCCUUGCCUGGUGACAGGCCGUGGCAACGCGAAAUGCAGCAAUUUAUCGCCAACAAAGUGCAAUUUGCUCCCGUUGAGUUUGGUUGUAAAUACGCUGCUGCUGCCUGCUAUCACCGAGCAGAACCACAGGCCGAGGGGCUGGGACAGCUCAGACGCUGAACGGGCACCACAGACGGUCACAGAUGGAAGUGGGGGUGAGGCACGGGCACAGGAAGGCAAACACCGCCUUGGUUUGACAAUGUCCUUCUUAGCAUCCUUCACUUCAAGUGUAUUACAGAAUCAAGGGCUUCAGACACACCCAGGUAGAACCCUGCUGCCCUGUGUCCCUGCAGCACACAGACCUGGCACCAGCAGUCGCAGUAGCCCUGUCCCCUGUCCCCGUCCCUGUGGCCAGUGGUGCGUGGCUGCGCAGGGCCCCUGCCCCUCGUGCAGGAUGUCCCCUCGUGCCCAAGCGUUCCCCUCGCAGCUGCAGAGCAGGUCAGGCCGGGAUGGGAGCACUGGGGAUGAGUACAACCCUCUCGACCCCCUGUGCACUGGAGCAGCACAGCAUGGGGCUGCAGUGCUGCCUGCGCAGGUGGCAGCAGCUGGGUGCAGACCACCGGUGGUGGCCCGGAGGCUCUGAUGCCUGCCAAUGUUGGCCAGUGGCAGUGAUAAGAGACAGCACCUUGCAGAACCCCAUGGCACACCCGUGUGGUGCCGACCUUGGAUCCAGGGUGGUUGUACCCAGCUGCUCGGGAGAGCAAGGAAAGCCCCAGAGCCCUUCUGGCCGUCAGCUUUGCUUAAAGGUGCGGCAAUGACUGAUAAAAAAUCUUGUUGAUAAUUUCAUGUCAUCAGCCCUAGACUUACCUGAGCUCGCCAGGAGACAUGAAUCCCUGAGCAUUUUGGUGCCUCCUUGUAAAGCACAAAAUCCUUAGUAGCUUAAAAAUGAGAGGGAGCCCUCUGGAGCCUCGAGUACUGCCCCCGAGGGACAGCAGAGCGCAGCCAGAAAUGCCUCCUGUGCCCUCUGGUAUUCGCUGCCAGGGGCUGGGGUCCUUGCAGUCCCUUUGGUGCACCGUAUGAUGUGACCAGUUCGUGCUGGAUAUAGCCAGGGAACUCUAGAAGCAUUCAUGCCCAUCUUUCAACAACAGCUGAUUGUUAUUUACAUUAAUUAAAUUCCCUGCGAGCUCUCCCUGGGACAAAAGGGCUAACAGCACCCUGCGGUCAGUGCAUGCGCCUCCAGGCGACGCAGCGCCCCAAGAGCUUUGCGGCAGCAACACUACUGUGCAUUAAUAUUGUGAGGCAUUGCUCCGUGCAAAAUGCAUCCAUUGCCUUUCCAACCCGACACGCUCAAACCUCCCGGCCUGCCGAAGCGCUCCGCAAGCCACAGCCUCGGUGAGCCUCUGCACGUCGAUGCCAGAGCAAGAGCUCUUCCUGCAGCCUGUGCUGAAGCGCAGAAUCACCGACCGGUGCAUUAUUUAUGGGAGACCUUAUGACCAUCAAAUCAUCAGUUUUCAAUAUUUUUUAAGCCAUGCCGUAGAAAGUGAAGUAUGUUUUCACAGCGUUUUCAGUCCAUACAGUUGUAAGUGCCAGGUAGUUUCCAGCCUUGUGCUGGCAGAGCCCAGCCCUGCCCGUCUCGGUCUCUUCUCUCCACUGACAGUGGUGACAGGGCAACGCGCACUCAGCUCCACUCCCCAUUUUGGGUGUUUCACACUGCAUUCAGUUGAUUAUUUUUUUUUAAUAAUUAUGUUAAACAUUUAAACUGCUGGAGUUUAUUUUGUAACCGUCAUUAAAAAUAUGAAAGUGCUGUACAUAGAUUUUGCUACACGUUGUAACUUUCCAGAAUAGUUAGAACUUCAAUCCCCUUGGUAUUUUUAUGUGAAUAUUUUCAAAGAACCAGAACUUCUGAGAUAUGGUUAUAUUAUUUGAUAAUGGGACUAUGUAUAUUCACAAUUCAGUCUCUACUCAAUGCCUAUGUGCUAUCCCCAGAAUAAAGCUACUGCCUUCUGCCUCCUGACUGCACAUGAAUGUACAUUCUGUUAAAAAUCGCUUGGUACCACAGGUGCAGAUGAAGGCUUGAGGAAUUCUUCAUUUGGCUUUUCUGUGACUGCACACCGCAAUAUCGGUCCCUGUACCUCCAAGAGAAAGGUUGCUGCACCUGACCUUGCUGGUCUGAGGAAAAUAACUGCACACUUCAGAAGAGAGCAGUUCGCAAGCAACAUUCAAUCUAGCAUGAUGAAUAUGAGCAGCAAAUUCUUAAAAUAGUAGGGAUUUUUUCUGCAG